AUGAAACUCUCAAACCUGAGAUCAAAAGCUGGGCUCGAUCCCGAGUUAAAUUUCGGCACAGCCUUGCAGUUUAAUCUAUACACAAACACGCAGUAUGUAUGUAUGUAUGUUUCCUUCCUUCUUUCUUUCUUUCUUUCUUUCUUUCUAUUCCAUUCUACUGAUAUCUAUCUAUCUGUUCAAAUAUAUCAGAAUUUAUUCACAUCUCUCUCACUCUCUUCAUGUGUAUAUCUGCUCAUAUCUAUCUAUCUAUCUAUCUAUCUAUCUAUCUAUCUAUCUAUUAUUUCACUAACUGCGCUUGCUAUAUCUGUUUCUUUCUUUCUUUCUUUCUUUCUUUCUUUCUUUCUUUCUUUCUUUCUUUCUUUCUUUCAACCUGUUCAGAUUGAUCUAAAUCUGUUCUUAUCUCUCUAUCUCAGAAACUUAAUAUCUAUAUCUGCUCAUAUCUAUCUAUCUAUCUAUCUAUCUAUCUAUCUAUCUAUCUAUCUAUCUAUCUAUCUAUCUGAUUCUGUUCAUAUCUACCUACUAAUUCCGUCUGUUAAUAUAUCUCUCAGUCUAUUUCUAUCUAUCUAUCUAUCUAUCUAUCUAUCUAUCUAUCUAUCUAUCUAUCUAUCUGAUUCUGUUCAUAUCUACCUAUCUAUUUCUAUCUAUCUAUCUAUCUAUCUAUCUAUCUAUCUAUCUAUCUAUCAACCUGUUCAGAUUCAUCUAAAUCUGUUCUUAUCUCUCUAUCUCAGACCCUUAAUAUCUAUAUCUGCUCAUAUCUAUCUAUCUAUCUAUCUAUCUAUCUAUCUAUCUAUCUAUCUGUUGCGGUCUUAG